UGAUGAGCAGCCUCCUCCAAUGAAGCUUCAACCUUUCAACUGCAAUAACUAACUAAACCACAUGUCUUCUUUAACCCCCCUUCUCCCUCCACUCUCUCUUCCCUUCUCUUCCUCUUUUCUUCACAAUCCCCUUCCUCCUGCUCUAACCCACCUCUCCGGCGACGGCCACAGCAACAUCACCGCCGUCGCUGCUGCCAACUCUCCGACUUCUCCUGCCCCCAACUUCUCCACUACUACUUCCACCGUACAACCUCUGUUACAAUCUCGUUCUCCUUCCUCAUGGAUCGAAGAUCUUCGCUCACUGGCUCGGUCCAAUCUAUUCGACGAAGCCAUUUUUGCAUAUAUAAAGAUGAUGACCCUGUCGGAUGGUCAACCCGACAACUUCGCUUUCCCUGCUGUUCUAAAAGCCGUAGCGGGUAUUCAGGAUUUGGAUUUGGGCAUACAGAUGCAUGCCCAUGUCGUGAAAUUCGGGUUUGCUUUGUCUUCUGUGACCGUGGCUAAUUCCCUUGUUAAUAUGUAUGGGAAAUGUGGAGAUAUCGUGGGUGCUUACAAGGUGUUUGAAAGAAUUACUGAUAGAGAUGAAGUUUCGUGGAAUUCAAUGAUUUCUACGUUAUGUAGAUUUGAGGAGUGGGAAUUCGCUUUAGAGGCUUUUCGUUUUAUGAUAUUGGAAAAUUUGGAGCCUAACUCGUUCACUUUGGUGAGUGCUGCUCUUGCUUGUUCCAACUUGCGUGAGCAUGAUGGGCUUAGGCUUGGAAAGCAAGUGCAUGCGUAUACUCUGAGAAAAGGGGAUUGUAGAUCAUUCACAAACAAUGCUCUGAUGGCAAUGUACGCGAAAUUAAGAAGAGUUGAUGACUCAAAAGCUUUAUUUGAGCUCUUUGAUGACAAAGAUUUGGUCUCUUGGAACACCAUUAUUAGUUCCUUCUCACAAAAUGAUCAUUUUGUGCAGGCCUUGUUACACCUUCGCCUUAUGCUUCUUGAUGGAGUUAAACCUGAUGGGGUUACAUUGGCGAGUGUUCUGCCUGCUUGCUCCCAAUUGGAGCUGUUAAAUACUGGAAAGGAAAUACAUGCUUAUGCCCUGAGAAACACUGAUUUAAUUCAUAAUUCUUUUGUUGGCAGUGCUUUAAUUGACAUGUAUUGCAAUUGCAAAGCAGUUGAAAAUGGUCGACUGGUUUUUGAUGGAAUCUCGAAAAGGACGGUUGCUGUCUGGAAUGCUAUUAUUGCUGGUUAUGCACAGAAUGAGUUUGAUGAGGAAGCCUUGAAUCUCUUCAUGGGAAUGAUAUCUAGUUCUGAUUUUUGUCCUAAUGCAACUACAUUAUCAAGCAUUCUACCAGCUUGCGUGCGUUGUGAAGAAUUUUUAUACAAAGAAGGCGUCCACGGUUAUAUACUAAAAAGGGGCCUCCAGAAGGAUAGAUACGUGCAAAAUGCAUUGAUGGACAUGUAUUCCAGAAUAGGUAAGAUAGAGAUUUCGAAAUUCAUCUUUGACACCAUGGGUGAAAGAGAUAUAGUUGCUUGGAAUACAAUGAUCACUGGUUAUGUUAUUUGUGGAAGGCAUGAUGAUGCACUUAAUCUUCUACGAGACAUGCGAAGAGAAGAAGAUGAAGACAAUCUCGGCACGGAUGAUGUUUAUGAGGAUGAUGGAGUUCCCCUCAAGCCAAACUCCGUAACACUCAUGACAGUGCUUCCUGGUUGUGCUGCCUUGACAGCACUGGGUAAAGGGAAAGAGAUUCAUGCCUACGCCAUCAAGCAAAAGCUGGCGACAGUUGUUGCUGUAGGAAGUGCGCUAGUUGACAUGUAUGCAAAAUGUGGUUGCUUGAACUUAUCUAGAAGGUUGUUUGAUCAAAUGCCUGUAAAAAAUGUUAUCACCUGGAACGUUCUCAUCAUGGCAUAUGGGAUGCAUGGGAAAGGUGAGGAAGCCUUGGAACUUUUCAGAAAAAUGGCAGCUGAAGGAGCCGAGAACGGCAGAGUGAGGCCUAAUGAAGUGACUUAUAUUGCUAUAUUUGCUGCUUGUAGCCAUUCCAGAAUAGUGGAUGAAGGCCUUGCUUUAUUCAAUACAAUGAAAGACGAACGUGGGGUUGAACCACAAUCUGAUCAUUAUGCUUGUCUUGUAGACUUGCUUGGUCGAUCUGGUCAAGUGGAAGAGGCAUAUAGGAUGAUCAAUUUGAUGCCAUCUGACAUGGAUAAACUGGAAGCAUGGAGUAGUUUGCUCGGCGCUUGUAGGAAUCACCGGAAUGUAGAAAUCGGUGAAAUUGCAGCAAAGCACCUAUUUGUGCUGGAGCCAAAUGUGGCAAGCCACUAUGUUCUUUUGUCUAACAUAUACUCUUCAGUUGGAUUGUGGGACAAGGCAAUGGUUAUUAGGAAGAAAAUGAAAGAAAUGGGAGUGAGGAAAGAACCUGGUUGUAGUUGGAUUGAGUUUGGUGAUGAGGUGCAUAAGUUUGUGGCUGGGGAUAUGACACAUCCACAAAGUGAGAAUUUGUAUGAGUUUCUUGAAAUUCUGUCAGAGAGAAUGAGAAAGGAGGGAUAUGUGCCUGAUACUUCUUGUGUACUUCACAAUGUUGAUGAUGAAGAGAAAGAACCUCUGUUGUGUGGACACAGUGAGAAACUGGCAAUAGCUUUUGGCCUUCUGAAUACUCCUCCUGGAACAACCAUUAGAGUAGCUAAGAACCUUAGGGUCUGCAAUGACUGUCAUCUUGCUUCUAAAUUCAUAUCAAAGAUCAUGAAUAGGGAGAUUAUUUUGAGAGAUGUAAGAAGGUUCCAUCAUUUCAGAGAUGGAACUUGUUCUUGUGGGGAUUAUUGGUGAAAAGAAAAUAAAUAAAAGAAUUUUAUUAA